UGCACGGUGUGUCGGCAAAUGUCCAAGGAACACUGUCAAAUCGUUUGCGUGCAUCUCCGGCUUUCUGGAAGCAGUGCCCUCUCAUCUGUCAACCGGCAAACAUGCUGAGCAAUCAUGCACUUGCUUGUAGAGCGAGUCUAUCUGAAGAUCUGUCCGCAUAGGGCGAGCAUUGAAGUGUCUUGUCGUCGUGAUGCAUGGCGCCAUGUCCCAAUCAACCCGCUAUAGAGUAUAAAAUCUAAACCGACAGGUGGUAGCGAAUCUCAACUUAUCAGCCUCAUACUCGACUACCCUACCCCCUAGAUCGCGCCAAACAUUCCCUAUGGUGGCCAGCAAAAACGUUGUUAUCGUUGGCGCAGGCUUCGCCGGAACAGCCAUAGCGCAGGCUCUAUCCAAAAAACUCGAUAACAACCAAUAUCACCUCAUACUCCUCAACGCUCGCUCAUACGCGGUCGACACUGUCGCCACCGCGAGGUUGACUGUCGACACCACCGAAAAGCUUGAGGACCGUGCCUUUGUCAAGCUUGACCGGAUAUUUCAGAAACAACCCGGAGAAAUCAAGGUUGGCAUUGUCACUUCCAUAGAGAAAACGGAGACAGGAGCCGGUGGUGUUCUUGUCCUUCGGAGUGGGGAACGUGUCCCUUAUGAGGUACUGGUGUUGGCUUCUGGCUCGCUAUGGGAUGGUCCGCUAGGCAUUCCUGAAGAUGAAGAAGAUGUGCCUAACCACCUGGCGAGUUGGCGCGCAAAGUAUUCCACGGCAAAGCACGUCGUGCUCGUUGGAGGAGGCGCUGUUGGCAUAGAAAUCGCCGGGGAGCUGAAGGACACAUACCCGGACAAGAAAGUCACUAUAAUUCAGAGGGGGGAGAAGCUUUUCCGUGACAUCUAUUCUGAUAAAUUCCGAAACGGAAUGGAGAGUCGUCUCACUGCGCGGGGUGUCAACGUUAUCCUAAACGAUUCGAUCGAUGAACUUCCUGCCGAAGGCGCCGCUGGGAUUACCACACGGGGAGGCAGACAGCUUCCAGAUGCCGACCUUGUUUUGUUUGCUCGCGGUCCUAGGCCGAACACGGAUUUCAUCGCAUCUCUUGGUGGAGACAUCUUGAAUAACCAAGGAUACGUCAAAGUCAAACCUACCCUCCAGUUGUCUGGCCACGAUAAUGUUUUUGCCGCUGGCGAUAUCAUUGAAUGGAAGGAGCAGAAGCAAGCGGCGAAAACCGGCUCGCAUGCGGCUAUCGUGGCUGCCAAUGUGCUGAGCCUUUUGGGUGGUUCUACGUCUGCCUUGAAAUCGUACAAAGGCAGCCCAGAGCUGAUACUCGUAACGAAUGGACGGAACGGAGGGAUGGCCUACUUCUCAUUUUUCGGUGGCAUCACUCUCGGAGAUUGGUUUGCUAGGCUGCUGAAGUCGAAGACUCUGAUGAUACCCAUGUUCCGUAAAGGCUACGGCUAUAACUGAUAUUAGAGUGUUGCUACAUGAGAGGUAAUUUGUUGCGUCGGGUUUGUGGACAUGAUGUACUCGUAUAGGUUAACGUUAUUGCAAUGCUCGAAUAUACUCAAAUAUACUAUACUGCC